CCAUUUAAAAGAAACUAAAUAAUUAUAUAUUUUUGUCACCUUAUUUUUAAAACGCCUUGAUUAAAAUUCAUCAAACAUUUAGCUAAACUAAAAAUUUGUGAACAACCACCAUUAAAAACUAAAAUGAAACCCCAAAAAUUCAUACAAAGUUACAAAUGCGAUUGCUUUCAACCAUAUAAUUAUUGCAAUUGUUCGCAUAAAAUUAUCUCUGGUGACAUAUUGUUGGAAAAUGUAACCGAUAUUGCUGAAUCGUUGGUCGAGGUAAUGAAUCUUUGUGGGAUUUAUUUGGUGAAAGCAAAAGCCUCCAUAGAUGUCAUCAUUUAUUAUUUUCUGCAUUUUGAUGAAAUAGUACAUCGCAUUGAUUCCAUACCCAGAAAACGUCUAUGCAAAGAAGAUCUCAUGCAUGAUUUAAGUCGUAAAUGUUCCAUGAAUCGCACAGAAGCUCAAAUGGCAUAUUCCAUUAUAAAGAGAGCAUUCAAAGCUUUAUAUCAUGGCACCGAUGUGGGUGGUGUGCCCAAUAGUCUGUUAAGUGAUAAAUUGACACACACUUCAGAAUGUCUAUGGGUGCAUGCGGCACAGCGCACAGCUCAGAUUUAUGCCUCAUAUGAGGGCUUAUUUUAUGCCUGUCAAAAGGAUUUGGAAUGUAAAAUCAAAUUAAUUUAUAAACAAUUGUAUGAUCGUAUAACUAAUCGGACUCAGCCGGAUGAUGAACUUGAAUGUACUUGCAUGAAAUGUCUGAAAAGAAUUGCCAAGGAAAGUCUAAAGUCUGUUAAAGUUACUACCGGAAUGCAUGAUAUGGAAGAUCCUUAUGAAGAGAUGUUUAUUAAAGAGCAGCAAGAAGAAAUGGCAAAGCAAGUGAAUGAAAAUUUCACAGAAUCCUUUGGAAUAGUGGAAAAUGAAAGAAAAAGACAUUGCUCAUGUCCAUCUCUAAAUAUAACGGAAAAGGAUUAUGCUUACCGAGAAACGGCAGAAUCUACCUAUACUGGUUCCAGUCAAGGUCCCUUUGACUGUCGUUGGAUCUCAAUUAGCAAGGAAGAGUUUGAUGCUGAUGAAGCCGAUGUAAUUCUUAAACUACCAGAGGAAUUUCCAUGUCCUCCAUGUGAUUUAGAUGAGGAAUGUGAUACAGAAUGUCAAUGUACUUGUGAGGAUUGUACUUGUAAAUCAGAUGAUGAAAUAUUUUGCGGAGAAUUUCAUGGUGAAGAUGAAGAAGACUUGGAACAACAAUAUCCCGAUGAAGAACAUAGCUUGCUCUCAGAGGAUGUAACUAAUUCAGUUACAAUUUGAAAAUCUGAUUUAUAAAAAUAACAACAGAAUACAACAUUGGAAGUCUUAACAUCAUUUUAGUUGUUGCAAAUUUUUGUACAAAUUAUAUUUUUUUG